CGGAAGUGGCGGCCGAGCGGGGCGGCGGAGGGACCGGAAGUGGCGGCCGAGCGGGGCGGCGCGUUGAUUUAUUUUGCUUCACGAUCGUCCUUUCCCCUCUGGAGCUCCGGCGGGACUGGGAUCGAGCGAGUACACCCAUCCAAUUGCCAAAAUGACGACAACUACUGUCUCUGAUACGUACACACCAACUGAUGCAACUUGUCGAGUCUCAGUGGAGAAUGUCACGCAGAAGUCGUCGAAUUCCAAAGUAUCAACAUCCCCCUCGGAUAACUACUACCUCGCCCGAAGACGAACGCUGCAGGUGGUGGUCAGUUCACUACUAACAGAAGCCGGCUUUGAAGCAGCAGAAAAGGCUGCUGUUGAAACGCUGACUGAAAUGCUGCAGAGUUAUCUUUCUGAAAUUGGUCGAAGUGCUAAGGUUUACUGUGAACAUUCAGCAAGAACGCAACCAACUUUGUCAGAUGUGGUGGUUACUUUGGCAGAGAUGGGUUUUAACGUGGAUAAUAUUCAAGCUUAUGCCAAGCGUUCACAGAGGAUGGUUAUUACUGCUCCUCCUGUUACAAACACUCCAGCAACUCCCAGAGCACUUUCUACAGGACAGAAGAGGGUACAUCCUUCAUACAUCCCAGGCCACUUCCCAGAAUUCCCGGAUCCUCACACCUACAUAAAGACACCUACAAUCAGGGAGCCAGUAUCUGAUUACCAAGUAUUGAGGGAGAAAGCUGCCUCCCAGAGAAGAGAUGUGGAGCGUGCUCUUACCAGAUUUAUGGCCAAAACAGGAGAAACCGAGAGUUUGUUUAAGGAUGAUGUCUCAACGUUCCCGUUGAUUGCUGCAAGAACCACCACUAUUCCUUAUCUAAACGCCUUACUACCUUCUGAACUUGAACUCCAGCAGAUGGAGGAGACGGAUUCCUCAGAACAGGAUGAUCAGACUGACACAGAGAAUGUUGCUCUAAACAUGAAUGCCGAUGAAAUUUCUGCUGAGAAGGAAAACGCAAUGUUGCAACAGAACUCAGGUUUAUCAAACAACAAGAACAGUGAAGAGCCAAUGAUUGACAAUCCAUAUCUAAGACCAGUUAAAAAGCCCAAGGUCCGGAGGAAGAAGUGAGGUCUGAGGAAAUGCAAAGAUAAUUUUGGUAGAAUACUGUGCAAUGAAAUAACGCAGCUAUUUUAACUGAAAACUGCCUUCCUCAUACACAUUAUGAAAAAAGGAUUGUGGUCCUGAAAUGUAUCUUAAACAAGGCAGUUCCAGUUUGGUUAAUCAGUGUAGAAGCUGAAAAACCAAUAUAUGAAUUUUCUGCACCUCCUUCCUGAUGAAACAAAACAUUCUCUUGUUCAUUUUAAAACAAAAACUGUUUGAAAUACAUUGCAGAAAAAUUCAUGGAUACGUUUGAUCUUUGUGUGAAGAUCACUUGAAGCAUGAAAACCCACCUGAUUUACCAGUGUGGUUAAAAAAUUACAAUACCUGUCCAAGAUUGCCUGUUAUUUCUUAUCUGCUGUUUUUUGCAGGUUAUUGUAGUUCCAGAUAAAUUAAACAUUUUUUAAGAACU